AAACACUCCACUGGUGCAGGAGUAGAUGAACAGAUAGAUUUGGCUGUGUGCACAUGAAAAUAUGUUUUAAAUAAUUCUUCUAUAUUCCGAAGAAUGUGGACGUGACAUGUUAAUUUACAGGCUUCCAAGGUCACUGUUACCUACCGUGAUGUCGAUGUGUGGAAACAAUGGCCAAGUUUCCAACUUAUUGUGAAGGUCUGGGAACUCAAAAGACCGGAAACGCAGGUGUUGCACCUGGAUAUUUCUUCGGACAAAUAUAUUUUGGCUCGGGGGCCACAAGUAAACACACCUCUCGGUUUGCUUGCGCAGGCACUGCUGAGGGUUUUUGCUUUGAGCCUGAGCAAACGUACUCGAGGGAAACUAACACAUCACCUUUUCGACCGUGUACUUCGGGGAAACGACGACAGUUACACCGUUUACCCCGAGCACACGAAUUGAAAGUUCGGGGGUAAAGCAACGGCCGCGCACCUAUGAGUUUCCUGAAAUGGCUCAAUGGUAUUUCCUGGCCUGUGGUAUCUUAACAUCCUGCCUAGUUUCUGGGCAGCCUCAAACAUAUGGCCUCCCGGGGCAGACGUUCCACCUGAAGCCACACGUCACUGGACAACCUGAUCAUAUUCUGUGGAAGCAUAAUCGCGACAAAGUGGUAGAGUUUAAUGGCAGGGAGGAACAGGUGUACGACCGGUUUCACAACAGGGUCACUCUUGACUGGGUCUCUGCAGAACUAAACAUCACAGACCUCCGAUAUGAAGACAGUGGAGAAUUUGAAUUGGAAGCAUUCAUAAUGAACAAAGAUGUGCAUCAUUCACAUUAUAAAUUAAAGGUCAUAGAUAAGGUUGCCAAACCCACCAUAUCCUGUGAGGUGAAUAAUGGCAACUCUACUGUAAAUGGAACCCAGGCAACGCUGAUGUGCUCUGCAGAUCCCACACACCCUCAGUCCUCAAUGAAGUUUGAGUGGGGCUCAGGUGGAAACCCGCAGCCUGGCGCCGAGUUAACAAUAUCUCUGGAGGAUGAACAUGAUGAUAAAAAAUACACUUGUAGGGUGAGCAAUCCUCUGACCGUUGAAACAGCUACAUUCACUGCAAAGGAUUGCUUCUCUGAUGAAAGUCCAAAGUCUGUAGCACUGGCUGCAAGCCUAGCCACCACCAUUUUAAUAGGACUACUCCUUUUGGUUUUGGGCGUAGUGUUCUGCAAACAAAACAGUAAAGCAUGUUUUGCAGAAAGAAGCAAAGGUGAUUUGGAAAAACAGUUGCCACCUGAUAAAACAGAAGAGUCAGAUAAGGAGACAGCUGAGGACGAAGAAUGUAGGCCUUUUCUUGACAGAGCAGCCACACUCCCUUGUCCUCAGCGACUUGGCCAUUUGAACCAAGGUAAUAGGAAUAUGAAGCCUAACCUCCUUGAUAGCACUCACAAAAAAGACAUAGCCAUAGACUUGGACAAAGGAGAAGAGAGGAGCACAGACAAGGAUGAGAAAACUGUUUCUCCUCCUUCCCCUCUGGGUAGAAAGCCAUCUUUUUGUCAGGAUCCGGACAAUCUUCCUAGCAACGACAAAGGAGAUGCAGAUGCAGAUGCAGAUCAGUCCAGAGGACGUACAGAGGAAAAGGUCCCGGAGUGUGAUUGUUCAGACUCUGAGAAGGCAAAUGAACCAGACCCAGCUGGUGUGUUGGACUGUACGGAGGACACACAGUCUGAUGUUGAACCAGCCACUGCUCCUGCACAGCCAGAGUCAGAGAAGGCGUUAGAUGAGAAUGAGGAAGCAAAGUCCCCUCCUGCAAAUGGCAUCUUGUCUCCUACUGCUCAGCCAUGUUCGCCUUUGACCCAAAACUCCACAGAUAUGGGAACUAAGGACACUGCUGGUGGACAUAGGGAAGAUGCCAAGUCAGAUCAGGCUAAUGGAGAAAUUUCAGAGAAAAAAUCCAGAGAAUCUGACUCACCAGUCUCAGAGGAAAGAAAUGUAUCAGUUGACUCUAGUGAGGAGAGACAGUUGUCCACCGUUCCUGAACAGAAUAGUUCAGAAGCAGCUUUGCAUGAGCAAGAUUGAAGCCUGUCACAGGGAGAAACACACACAAGAGAAGACGACCAGCUAGAAACGGAAACAGUAUCUGAAGAUGACAGUGAAUCAGAUACUGUAGGUAACAGGGAAGAAAUAGAUACAGAACAGAAUCUAUCUUUCGAAACCUUUCAGCAACCUCAGAGCCCCACACAAACAAAACCAGACAACAGUAAAACCAAUGCCUUUCAAGAGUCUAUGAACACUGCCCAUGCAGAUCCAGACCAAGAACCAUUAAGGAAGACCAGGUAUGCACCAGAUGAGUCUGAGGUACAGCCAGACAGCAGCACAGCAGAGACAGAUAAAGGGCAGGGUGAUGGUAUAACUGAUGAGACAAAUGAGGACCAGUCUGGCCCAAAAGAAAAAAAGCCUGGCAAUGAAUACCUGAGUGGGGAUACAAGAGAAAGCUGAAGUUGUUUAAUAGGCCUGCAUUCAACUGGGCGAUCUGAAAAUUAAAAAAUAAAAGAAGGAAGUAGACAGUGAAGCGAAGUUACAAAUACAACAUAGCAGAGGGCAAAGGAAUAAGAUCAAUACAAAUAUGUAAAGGGGCACUUAUGAGUAUGGAGGACAUUCAGUCAAAGACAUUCCAAAGGAGGACAAAUAUUCACUGUGGGACUGACACAAGUACAACAGAGUUAGCUCCUUUUGUACAUAGUUAAGGACAAGAGACUAAAUGAGCCUGAAAUUGUACUACAGAAAUGACAGUUUGUACGAUGUGGCUGACAGAGUACCAGACGUUAAACACAGAGUACAGAAAAAGUAUUGCUUUCAUUUACACUUGUUAGUACUCUUCUCUUAAGAUUUCCCUGGUCCUGUUACUUUUAACUCCUUACCUACUUUUAAUAUCAUUCAUGUAAUGUAUUUAACUAGCAGCUGCAUUUUAUAUUACAUUUUUUAUUGUCUGUUUUUUAAAGGUAACAUAAGAGGUUUCUACUGAUGAUGCUACAUUUUCUAUAAAUCAAGUAAGCACCUAUACUGUAUAUUUAACUCGCCACAAUAUAACAAGUAAACGCUAAUCUUAUGAAGAAAUAAGUUUAGUUGGAUGUGCAGUGACUGUGUCAAGGCUAAAAGGGGACAGUAAUAUCAGAAUCAGAAACCCCUCUGGAUUCAUAAAGGACUUAACAACACAGUGGAGUCCAAAGUCUCAGACUUUUGGACCCCACUGUAAAGGGUAACCCCCACGCAUGCGUUUAAAAAUCAGUCAUCAGAUAUCUAUCUGUUCUUCCAUGUAAUUAAAAAAGAAUGUCAUAUGUCUUUUAUAUGUGCUAAUCCAUAGCUGUGAUAAUACUUGAAAUUUUUCACAGGUCAGGUUAUCUUUGUAAUUAUAUUUUAAUGAUUGUUCAUUAAUUAUUUUGUGAUUUUUGUUUGUGUUUUGUUUACUUUUUUCUUGCUGUAGUUUUUGAUGAUGUUUUGAACAACCUUCAGUGCACUUACCUGUACAGACAACGCUAAUGCAUAGCAUGAUAUAUAUCAAGAGCUUGGAUUCCUGUUUCUUUGAAUUGUAAAAAAAAAAAAAAAAAAAAGAAAAAUUAGUAAUAGUGCCCGAAUGUUCAUUGAAAGUUGCAGGGUUUGCUUGUAGAUUUCAUUAAAAGUUGAAGGAGGGGUUAAUGGUGACAUGAAAUUCAAUACACUCGCUAUGAAUUAAGAGAAAAAUAAGGUAAUACACUGAUGUUGAACUGAACUUACUCACAUAGAAAAAAGAAAAAAGGGAUUUACAAAGUAACUGUAAGAAUAUUGUUGUGUCGGUAGGGGGCACUGUUUAUCAGUCUUUACCUCUAGUCAUGGGCUGAUUUUCAAACUGGGGUGUGAGAAAUUACUUCUUUUCAAGACCUCAGCACUGAGAUGGUUGAAGGACAUUCCUGGCUAAAAAGGCAUGCUUAUCAAAAACACUGUAGAAGAAUGUAAUACUGAAAUGUGGCUUUACAGGAAUUUACUGCGGAACAUUUAUCUAAAGUCUAAAACAUUCAUAUUUGUGAUAUUGCCUUGUGCUCAGGACAGGUUUUGAUAAGGGGCUGUGAAAAUGCAGUGUGAGUCUGAGCUGGUUCAAGCAUAUAAUUCAGAAAAGUUCAAAGAAACAUGUCUUAUUGGACAAUUGCAUCGAAGUUUGUAUCAGUAACGGAGUACAUGCACAUUUCAUUUUAGGUCUACAGUGAAUUCAGUGAGGAACAACACAACUGCCAAAGUAAACCAGCAGUCAAGUCAACCAAACUGCUCAGUGAUGUAAUAAAUCAGGUUCACCCACCGCUCAAUGACAAGCUGUUGUAGAUUUCUAAGGGCACUGGUUGGGCUACGUGAGAAAGUUAUGCAAGAUUAGUUUAACCUCCGAGUCACAGAGAAGUCUGUGAUCUGCUACCACCUGACCUUUGGGUUCAGGGCACAAGCAGAGAAUGAACACUAUCAUAUUUCUGUGGUCGCAACAAAUACUGAGGGGAUGUUAGAGUAUUGAAUUAUUUGUGGAGAUUGGGGGCCUCUGCCUCUUCAGACGAGGAUCACAGUGUGGUUCCACUGAGACAUUGUUGAUGUGUUGACGGCAGCAGGGAAGCUCACGUCCUGGCUCUGAGUCUUCCAGUGGAGCAGUGCUUUGUUUUUCCAUGCCAACAUGUUUUAUAUAAGUAUCUUUUCUCUGGGAUGAUUGCUAUAGCAGUGGGGCUUUUUUAUGUUUUCCUAGAUAUUGAAAAAAUGCAACAAUAGCAUGUCAGCCCAUGUUGUACAACUGGCCAGGGCAUGCCCUUUAAUGCAAGAAUGGUUGUUUCCUUUUCAACACCUUAUAGUCAUAUUACAUUGGAGUGUAGUGUUCUCUCAGAUACAAGCCCAAUUAUACUUUUCCCCUCAGAUUGUUUAGGAUCUUUUUGGCCUUGUUGCAAUAGGAGAGAGGGGGAAAAAAGAGGAAUGGGCCACCCUCCAGAACUGCCUUUUAUACCAGGUUGAUUAGCAUGCUGGGUUGUUUAAAUUGCCUCCUGGAGGGCUGACGUGAAAUCGAACAAUAUCCUCUGACUUUAGAAACUAGCCACAUAGCUUCUCAUUUAUUUUUAUGCAGAGUUAGGACAGAGUAUUGGCACCGCUCCACUGCUCUGAGGAAGCGGAGCCCAGGGACACCAGGUCUGGGUAGGUUAGGACAAAUCAAUUAAUAUCAGCUCAUAAAAGUUCUUGGCUCUUUCUGGGCCAUACUUUAUUGUGACAGUGCAACCUGGGCGCCGGCAAUAAUUAUGUUGAUAAAUUGUUAAGUGUGGUUUAGACACAAUAAUGAAAUAAUAUCCC